CGCAUCAGAGGACCCCCUGCAAAGAAGCCCGAUGGGGAGCGGGGCGGGACAGGCGAUUACCAGGGCGCCUAAUGCCUCCCUCUGCCUCGGCCAGGCGUCAGACAAAUGCGCCGCAGAGACGGAGGACCCCGCGGGCAGACAGAGGCGGACGCACAGCACCGGUCCUUCCCGGCGGGAUGUUUGUGCCCUGCGGCAGUUCCCCUCCUGCGGCCUUUGAAGGCUUCACGCUCCUGCUGCCAGCUGUAUCAGUUGGGAAUGUUGGCCAGCUGGCGGUAGAUCUAGUUAUUUUUACCCUUGACAUGCCUAAAGUUGGUUACUUCUACACUGAUUGCCUGGUGCCAAUGGUUGGCAAUAAUCCGUAUGCAACAGCAGAAGAAAACUCAACAGAGUUGAGUAUAAAUGCUGAAGUGUAUUCUUUACCUUCUAAAAAGCUUGUGGUUCUCCAGAUCAGAUCACCAUUUGUAAAGAACAAGUAUAGGUCAUUUUGUCAAACACUCCUUUCUUGGGUGAAAAGCAGUAGAUGUGCCAAAGUCAUUCUUCUGUCAAGCAGCCAUGCAUAUCAGCGUGAUGAUCAGCAGCUUCAUAGUACGCCACUACGAUACUUACUCUCCCCUGCUAUUCAGAAAACAGCUGGAGAUCUAAUGCAGAGGCUAAACUGGAAAGAGAUGGAAAAAGUGGCUGCUUACCCAGGAGUAAAUGAUGCAGAAAUGGUACUACAUAUUCCUGGAGGUGGCAUCACAACAUGGUUAUACAGUGAGAGUUGUUCAAAUGGAAUUGAAAUGGCAGUUCUGUUGAAAUUCUGCUCAGAGGGGGACAACAUCCCUGAUGCACUGGCUCUUGUUAACUAUCUUAAUGAGUGGCUCCAGCUAAUCAAAAGUGAACAGACCAGUGAUGCCGCAGCUAUUCCUUCACAAUGGAAAAUACCACAUUCUUGGAGAUUACUCUUUGGCAGUGGCCUUCCACCUGCACUCUUCUGAUUAGUCUGAGAGUUAACCACACAAGUUAAAAUAUCCUGCUCACCUAUCUUUGCCAUGAAGGUAACAAACUUACCCAUUCCUAAAUCAAUUUGUGAGUCUAGCCUAAAGCUGGAGACCCUUUACCUCAUUAGCCUACUCCCUCUCUCCUGGCAGUCUGACUGAGCAAGCCACCAGUGAUUCCUACUGCUCUAAGUGGCUGUGCACUGUCUGCGGAGGUGCUACACAGAAGACCUAUCAAGCUGGACUGUGUUUUUUUUAACUUUGUUCCACAGCACUGUAAAAGAGACAGCAGACUCCACCUCUUCCCAUGGGCUGCAGAGAGACCAAGGUUAAAACUGUCCAGGUGGAUAAUCCUUACUAAUGACAGCUAGUUUGAUUGUUGCCAGAGAAAUGCCUCAACUUUCAAAUUUUUUUCUUUAAAUUUAAGAUUUUGAUUGGCUUUGCACAACUACAGUAUAAAAAUAAGAUUUACAGGGCUAAGAUAAUUCAAAUUACUAAUUACAAAAGAACAUGGAUUGUACUGUGGACAUAAUCAGACCACUUCAGAAGUAGCUGUUGAAAUCAGUUCUGUUUUAAAUCUCCAGGAAUAUGAAAUAUUUGUUUAAAUUGUAAUCCUAAAACUGUCAGAUGUAAAUUAUGGCUUACACAUAAGAACCUUUGAUAAUUGAUUUUCAUAUUGGUAUUACAGUAAUGCUGAGAUAUUA